AUGAGGGUAGUUAUUGUGGGCGCUGGGCUUUCGGGUCUGUCUCUUGCAGCCUUUCUGCGUCGUUUGAACGUUGAUUGCGUCGUCUUGGAACAGGCACCGUUUUUGCGGGCAAAUUAUCAGAUGCCUUUUACGUUGUUUGCAAAUGCGUUAAGUUGUUACAAGGCGUUUGGAAUGGAUCACGUGUUAAGCGGGGGUGAUGUUGUUUCAGAGGAAUAUUUUGGGAUCUUGGACGAGCGUCUCCGAUGGUUGCUACGCGUGCGCAACCGGACGGUGCACCUAAGAGCUUUAGGCGACGGGGAGAUGAUACCUCUCAGCACCGCACCACCCGCCAACAGUGAGUCCAUUGUAUCCCAGCGUAUUCAGGAGAAGAUGAAGCAAGAUCUUGGCAGCGUUCCGCUUCGCGCAACAUUCUCUGCGGAUUAUCUCCGCCGAAUUCUUCGUUAUCAUGUGGAGGAUGUGCAUUUCAAUAGUCGAGCCGUGGAUCUUUUGCCGCACGAUGGUAUCAAGGGCGGUGUACACGUUGUUUUAGAGAAUGGUCAAACGGAGUGGGGGGAUGUUGUUGUGGGGGCAGAUGGUGCACACAGCACGAUUCGGAGGCUUCUGUACCCAAGCGAAUAUAUUGGUACCAGCUCCCGUUCACUGGGAAUGACGCAGGUGGAUGGGUUUGUAGAGCUUGGCCAUGAUGUUUGUCCCACCGGAGACUAUCCUGUCGAGGUCUGGGGCAGACGGCGUGUGUUAUCAUGUGUGCCACUUUACUGCGACGGAAAGGUUCAAUUGGCCUUUCAGCCCACUCUC